AUGGCGUACAAAGGAGAUGAUUUAUUUUACGGAGACCACGCCAUGGGAUACCUCCAACCAGCGUGUGCAGAGUUGCAGACUGUGGGAUACCACCAACCAGCAUGUGCUGAGAUGCAGGACGUGGGGUGCAAUGUGGGGCUACUUUUCCUUUGUGGGCUGAGAGUUUUUAGAGGCUGUCACAUUGGAGCUGACAACCUAUAUGAGAACACGAGGAAGAACUUGGUUUUGCUUGAAGUUAUGAAGAAUUCAGCCAUUGAAGGCUGUCAUGAGCCCAUGAAUGGUAAAGUUGAGAUUGGGAGUAGGAGUAAGAAGAAGGCCAUGGGGAAAUAUGCAGCUGAAAUCAGAGAUUCAAGAAGAAAAGGAAUGAGGAUGUGGCUUGGAACAUUUGACAGUGCGGAGGAUGCAGCCAUGGAUUAUGACAGGGCUGCCCUCACCAUUAGAGGCCCCAGAGCCAUCCUCAACUUUCCCAUACUUUCCCAUAUUCACCUCAUGUUUCAUGAUGCCAGAUGA